AUGCCAGUCCUAAAAGAAGUCUUCCAGCGGCUUUUGGAACAGCCACAGAAUACUUGCGACGUGGUGGUGCACAUCUUUACCGAGUUUUGUUCCCGCGCUGCCCUGGCUAUUCAAGACUUUGGACUAGUUCAAGAAUUUUGUUCCAAGGUUCCCCUCUGGCAUAUCUCUAGCAGGCGGACGAUUCUCGGUGCGCUGCUUCAAGACAUUAUGCUAAGAGACAUACCUCAGCCGAUCCUCUCACGUUUGCUAAAGCCACCUCUCACUGCUACCUCAGAAGCCGGCGGAGGAUUGGACAAGACGAACAAGGGAAAACAACCCAAGGGACAGGCUCCUGGGCUGAUGGAGAACGUUUCAGUGCCCAAAUUGACUCCAGAUAUUUUGGUGCUCCUUCAAAUUGAGGAUCAAGAAGGAUUGAAUGACAAACCAGCUGAUUCCAAAGAAUAG